AUGUCUUUUGCGUUUGGUUUUAACGAUGAUGACAUAAGUGAUGAAGAGGUGAGUCAAAACUUGCCAAAGCAAGAUGAAGCCAGCACUGCAAGUAAAGUUUUUCAAAAUGCAACCUCUGGAUUAGAUCCCAAGUUUCUUCCACAAAUUCAUUCACUCGAAUCCAUACUAUCCAAAUUAGUGAAUGUUAGAAUCACAUUUGAUAACUAUAUUACUCCUGUGGGUGAGAAUGUGACAUAUCGUAGAGAAUUGUAUGAUAUUAAACAUCAGGUAAUGUGUGAAGAUGAUGAAGACGGAAAACAAGAUGAUGUUGUGAGUAAUAUUUUAAUGGGUGAUGAUAAUGAUUUGGAUUUAAAGAGAAAUAUUUAUGAAGGUGGAUUUAAAAGUUGGGAAUGUUCGUACGACGUAGUUGAUUAUCUAGCUCAAAAUAAGGAUUCCUUAAAUAAGUUGCAUACCAUAUUGGAACUUGGGUGUGGUACAUCGCUUCCAAGUUGUCAAGCACUUCUUCAAAGAAUCACAAGAAGUGAAGACCCAAUUGAUGGUUUCAAGAUUAUACUUUCAGAUUUUAACUAUGAAGUCCUCAGAUUGGUCACGAUACCCAAUUUGAUUAUUCAUUGGGCUUCUACAUUAGACCCAGAAUUUCUACAAGAAUUAUGUGAUACUAGUGUAGAGGGAAGUGACGAUGGACCAACUUUGCGUAACGAUGAGAUCAUUCUCUCACAGAAAUUAAUCGACAGGUUUAUAAGUGACUUGAGAAAUAAAAGAAUUGAGCUUGUAUUUAUUUCAGGUUCAUGGGGCCAAGAGUUUUUGCAAAUAAUAGAGCGAGAAAACAUCGACUUGGUUAUAAGCUCAGAGACCAUCUAUUCCUUGGAAACAUUACCAAUAGUUGCCGAGACCGUUGUAGAAUUGGUUGGUAAUGGUUGCAGAGCACUAAUUGCUGCGAAAAAUCUUUACUUUGGAGUUGGUGGGUCAGUUGCAGAAUUUGUAAGUUACAUAAAAAAGAAAAAUAGAGAGGAUAUCAAAAUUGAAGUGGAGGAAGUCAAUUCUCAGUUAAAGAGGUCAUUAAUUAGUAUAGAAAAGGUCUAA